CCUUGACAAAAAACGUCAUUUGAAUUUGAUAUUUUUGUAAAAAUUGUAUUUUUUAGUUAUCUUAUCUUAACAUCUUAACAACACACAGCACACUACAACAAAACUGAAAAAUAUAAUAACAAAAUUUGACGAAAAAGUGUCGUUUUACAUUUAGUUUCAGACAAACGUUUAAAAGAAAUUUACACCAGACAAGAUUUCCUAUUGAAUCAAUCAUGACCACCAAUUCCGGCCAAAACUACGAAAUGAGAAUCGAAAAUGUAAACGAAAAUGGACCAGGUAGUUAUUGGGAGUCGGGACGGUACUGCUGGGUUUGCUUUGCCUCGGAUGAAGAAGACCAGGAAGCUGCUUGGGUUCAACCAUGUAAAUGUCGUGGAACUACGAAAUGGGUACAUCAGGCUUGUCUUCAAAGAUGGUUUGACGAAAAACAAAAAAUGGGAACUAGAAUCAAAGUUUCCUGUCCUCAAUGCAAGACAGAGUACAUUGUAGUUUAUCCGAAUAUGGGCGUUAUGGUAUACCUACUAGACAAAGUGGAUGACAUUAUUUACAAAUGGUGCCCUUUUAUGGCAGCUGGUGUUGUUGUUGGGGGAGUGUAUUGGUGUGGAGUUACCUAUGGUGCCAUUACAGUAAUGCAGGUUUUAGGUCGAACAGAAGGCCUAGCGUUGUUGGAAAAAACAGAUCCAAUAUUAUUGAUUAUAGUAUUACCAGCCAUUCCACUAGUUUUGAUUUUGGGAAAAGUUAUCCGUUGGGAAGACAUUCUUUUAGGAUUUAUCAGAAAAAAUAUUACCAAAAUUCCCUUGAUUCGAAGUUUUCCAUCUUUCAGACCGAAUGUAGCCAACAAUCCGAACAGAGACUACUACGAUUUCCCUAUAAUUGCUGGUCCGUUUUCAGCCACAAGAAUACUUUGUGGAGCAUUACUAUUACCAACUGUUGCAGCAUUUUUUGGAAAAUUAUUUUUCAAAUCUGUGAAAUCCGACUUUCACAAGACGAUACUAGGAGGGCUGACUUUCAUUGCUUUGAAAGGCUGUCUAAGGAUCUAUCAUAAUCAGCAGAACUAUAUCAGGAAAUACCAACGACAAAUUUUAGACUAUGUCGAACCAAAUAUUUCAAAAUAUGUAAAACCUGAAUAAUUUUCAUUGUUAAAAAAAAAAAACGUGCUUGAGUUUGCACACAACUUCUACGUGGUCAAAAUUAUUUUUGAAGCUUAUUUUAUCAAAACACACGACUCAAUUUUUUCAUCUCAACAUUUUUUUUGUGAGUAAAAAUCACAAGUUUUUUGGACUAUACCUAUUUGGAUUAUUCUUUAUUGCCAUCCUUCAUGUUAAAAAAUAAUCAAAUUUUGAUUCCAUUUAUUAUUUUUGGCAACAGAUUUUAUUACUAUUAAUUCUUGAUCAAGUGUUUUAUCGGACAAACUCAACGCCCUAUUUAAAUUCCUUGUAUUGCUAUGCAUUUUGUAAAAAUUUUGGUAAAAAUCGUAUCUAUCUAACCAUUUGGAAAUCAAAGUUUUUUUUGCUAAUAACAUUGGUGAAUUAUUGUACAGAUAUUUGUUACAUUGUUCAAAUUAUUGAAUGAAAUAAAAUGUUUUUAUUUUUUA